UCUCUGUUUAACGUGCAUUCCAGCCGUCCAGGUAGAAAAGCCAGAAUUUCUGCUGAAGACCUGAGUUUUCGGUUCUGGGAGUCCCUCCUCCCACAGGUCUCUCGGCUGCUGGGGGCAUUCCACAACCCAAAACAGGUGACCAGAGGUUUUGCUGGUGGUGUUCAGACAGUAACUUUAAUUCCAGGAGAUGGUAUCGGCCCAGAAAUUUCCGCCGCCGUGAUGAAGAUUUUUGACGCCGCCAAAGUGCCCAUUCAGUGGGAGGAGCGGAGCGUCACUGCCAUUCAGGGACCCAGCGGGAAGUGGAUGAUCCCGCCGGAAGCCAAGGAGUCCAUGGACAAGAACAAGAUGGGCCUGAAAGGCCCUUUAAAGACCCCGAUAGCAGCCGGUCACCCGUCCAUGAACUUACUGCUGCGUAAAACCUUCGACCUGUACGCAAACGUCCGGCCCUGUGUCUCCAUCGAAGGCUAUAAAACCCCGUACAACGACGUGAACAUCGUCACCAUUCGGGAGAACACGGAAGGCGAGUACAGUGGAAUCGAGCACGUGAUCGUGGACGGGGUCGUGCAGAGCAUCAAGCUCAUCACCGAGCAGGCGAGCAAGCGCAUCGCGGAGUUCGCCUUCGAGUACGCCCGCAACAACCACCGCAGCAACGUCACCGCCGUGCACAAAGCCAACAUCAUGCGCAUGUCAGAUGGGCUCUUUCUGCAGAAAUGCAGGGAAGUUGCCGAGAACUGCAAAGACAUUAAGUUUAACGAGAUGUACCUUGACACGGUGUGUCUGAACAUGGUCCAGGACCCGUCCCAGUUUGACGUUCUUGUUAUGCCCAACUUGUACGGGGACAUCCUGAGCGACCUGUGUGCGGGACUGAUUGGAGGGCUCGGCGUGACACCAAGUGGCAACAUCGGCGCCAACGGGGUCGCGAUCUUCGAGUCGGUCCACGGGACGGCCCCCGACAUCGCGGGCAAGGACAUGGCCUCCCCUGGGGGGGCAGGUGGUGGCGCCCCGCAGCCCGAGGACUGACGCAGCUCGGCUUCC